AUGAGAAGUUUGCUACCUGAUAUGUACACAACCCGUGCCGGAGAGAUAAAGCGGGAACUUCUGCAGAUUUCUCACGUAGCUCUGACUAGUGACCUGUGGACAUCAAGAACAACGGAAAGUUAUCUUGCUAUCACCUGCCACUUUGUUACUUCCACGUGGGAACUCAAGUUCCUGGUUCAAGCGAUGUUUGGGUUAAAAAAAGACCACACGGCUGAGCACAUUGCGGCGUCAUUUCCAAAAGUUGCAGAAAAAUGGGGAAUUUCCCGAAAAGUUGUUGCGAUGGUUACUGACAAUGCUGCCAAUAUUGUUGCCGCCGUCAGACACACUGGUUGGACACAUGUCCCUUGCUUUGCACACACCCUGAAUCUAGUGGUUUCUGAGGCAAUUAAGGCUGAAACAAAGAUCCAUCAGCUUAGAAAGAGCUGCAGGGACAUUGUGAGCUUUUUCCACUUCAGCAUUAAGGCCUCAGAAAAGCUAAAGGAGAUACAACUACAGCUGGGAAUUCCUGAGAACAAACUCAUCCAAGACAUAGAAACCAGAUGGAACUCAACUUACUACACGUUGGAACGCAUCACGGAGCAACAUCAAGCCAUUACCACAGCACUUUGUCUCUCUGGUUGUAAUGCAAUAUGUCUUUCAUCUUCUGAUGUGAGCCUGCUGAAAGCUGCCAUGGCCGUUUUAAAACCCUUUGAGGCAACGACCAAAGAGAUUUCUGCAGACAAGCAUGUCUCCAUUUUUAAGGUGAUACCUCUGGCGAACUCACGACAGUGUUUGACUGGUGCGAUUACAGAAAAGGACACACCCCUGGUUUCCAACCUUAGUUACCAGAUGAGACACCACUUCACAAAUAUUGAAAGCGCUUGCAUGCUGGCGAUGUCGACCUUAUUGGAUCCCCAGAUGAAGAAAUUGGCGUUCAGUGACUCCGCAGCCAUGAGACAGGCAGAGCAGUGGGUUGUUCAGGAGAUGUCAGGGCAUGUCCAGACUAAUGAUUCCAAUGAAGAUAGGCAGUCAAGUAAUACAACUGAAGCAGCUGGCCUGUGGGAUCUCUUCGACUCAGUGGUCCAGCAAUCAACAUCACAAAGAACCUUAACCAGCAAUGCCACACUGGAAGCCAGAAAGUAUUUUGAAGAACCAGUGCUAGCAAGACUUCAAGAUCCCUCACUGUGGUGGAAGGAGAAUAAGCGAUACUAUGAACUUAUCGCAAAAAUUGCAAAGAAGUAUCUUUGCAUCCCUGGUACAUCUGUUCCCGCCAAAAGGGUGUUCUCUAAAGUAGGGGAGCUAGUCUCCAUGAGGCGUAAUCGGUUGAAGCCAAAGAUUGUGAACAUGUUCUUGUUUUGA